UUGUCUUUGCUAUCAUUUUCUGAUCUCACUGAGAAGAACUACUUUCAGCACCGGAUUCAGAUUAUGGAAGAAUUGGCGCAAAAGCUGGAACAAUACAAGGAAGAAAUCAAAAUCCUUCAGCUGCAGUUAGAGGAGAAAUGCAAACAGGAGGUGGCCACCUCUUUGAUGCACAAGGAGGCAUUGCAGAAAGUUGAAAGAGAACUUUCACAGAGAUACUUUGCAGACAGGGAAGAGCAGAAGACAAAGCACAGCCUAGAAUUAACCCAGUUACAAGAUCGACUCUCGGAGGAGCAUCUUAAAGAGAUUACUCAGUUACGACUCCAGUGUGCACAACAGACUGCCCGAGAAGUAGAGAUGGAAGUGAAAGAGUAUGUCCGAAAGUUGGAGGAAAUGGAGAUGGACAAAUUAGCUGCAGUGGACUCUGAAAGAAAGAAAAUUGCUUGUCUGCAGGAAGAAAUUGAAUAUCUGAAGAGAGAUCAUGCCAUUGUAACAAUGGAGCUUACCAAGCAGCUCAAGCAAAUUAACCAGGACAAAGCCCUGUUACUGGAAAAAGCUAGCCAUAAACUUGAGGCCAGCAGAGAAGAACUUGAGGCCAAAAUGCAGGAAUGUGCAAUGGAGAAAGAACGUGCAUUGAAGAUUUUAAGAGAGGAGCUACAAGCCAGCACUGAACAGAAAAUAUCAGCUUUACGCAAGGAGCUCAACAAUGAAUUUGAAGAAGAAAGGCGAGCAAUGGGGGAGGAAUUUAACCAGAGGAAUGCAGAAAUGAAUCGGGCUCAAGAAGAACAGUGUGCCACAAUCUCUGAACUUGAUAUACAGCUAAAGGAAGAAAAAAAACAUCUGCAGCAAAUUCAGGACGGUCUUACGAAUGAACAGUUACCAGAAAUUGUGGCAAUACGCCAGAAAAUCCAAGUGCAGUUUGAUGCUGAACUUACCACGGCAAAGUCUCUGAUGGCAGAGGAGUUUGAGAAAUUCCAAGUCAAUGUGCAGGCGCAAUCAACUGUGAAACACCUAGAAGUACAGAACAGGUUCAUGGAAGAUCACAAACAGAUGAUGGACAAUUUUAUGUCUGAACAGGAGACCCUUCUCCAGGAGCUGAAGAAAAGGCAUGUGGAGGAGCUAGAAAGCCAAAGCAAACAUCUGAUAUCAUGCCAUCAGAAUCAAUUAGCGGAUUUGAAAAUUAAGUUGCACACCAAGCAUCAAGCUGAAAUGGAGGCUGUGGAGAAAGAGAAGUUGGCUACUUUGGAUGCCUUGAAAUUGAAGCACUCGGCAGAUCUGGAAGAUGCAACAUGUAAAUACCAGACAGAGAUUCAGAGAUUGCAGGAGGCAGUGAAAACCUCUGAGGCAAAUUUACAGACAAUGAAGAGAGAGUAUGCAGAGAAACUAGCUGGGGAAGUAAAUCAGCUGAAAACUGACCAUGAGGCUGAACUGAGUGAUGCACAGGAGACAAUCCGAAAGGAACUAGCUGCCAUUCACCUGGAAAAAAUGAGAGACAUGGCAACAGAGCUCGAGGAGAUCCACAAGGAAGAUUUGGAGGCAGCUCUAGGCAACCAGAGGGCUUUACUGGAACAGGAGCAUCAGAAGCGCCUUGAUGUAAUUCGAGAUGAGGUACUUCACCUUGAAGAUCAGCAUCAGCAGGCACUCAAGGAGCUUCAAAUGCUGCAGUCUACAGAGGCUGAGAAACAGAAAAAGGAGUAUGCACGGAAGCUUAGUGAAGAGCUAACAAAGAUUGAGAUGCAAAAUCAAAAAGAACAGGUUCAUACAGCCAAGUCAGAAGCAGAAAAGGUGCGACAGACGCUGCAGUCCCAAUUUGAAAUUGAGAAAUCACAGCAACUACAGCAGUUCCAGGAGGAGUUUGAGCUUCUCAAGAACCAGUCUGAGCUCUUACUUACUCAAGAAAUUAAGCAGCUCAAGGAUGAGUUUGAAGCUGAGAAGAGCAAGGCACUGCAGGAACUAAGAGAUAUCUUUACCCAGGAACAAGACAAAACAAAACAACUAUACCAUGAAGAUAAGGAACUGUUGGCUGGAAAGCUCCAGCAGCACACAGAGCUAACCAAAAAGCUGCAGAAAGAGCUGCAGGACAAGAACGCUGAACUGGAGACACUACUACAGCGUCGAGACCGAGAAAAUGAAGAAGGAGGCAAUCUGGUUGCCAUGCUGCGCUCAGACCUUGAACGAUUGACAUCUGAACGAAAAAACUUGGAGCAUUCCCAUGAGCAAUUGCUGAAGCUCUUUGCAGAAGUGGUGAGAGUGAUAUUUGCUUCAGAAGAUAUGAUCAGUAGGCAAAUAGGGCUCUUCCUGGAUGGAAGCAAGCUAGAUCAUGGAGGAAUGGUGAGCAAAUCAGCUCUAGAAGCUGGAGGUCAACCUCCAUGGAUGAAAGCUAAACCCCUGCUGGAACAUGACAAAGGUGAUUUGAGCAUAAGUCAGGAAAGUGUUACCAUCACCGAAGACAACAGCUUCUGGUCAGCACUGACCGAUGAAAGGCUGGAACUUUCCCAGUGGCUAUCAGAAAGUAUGUUCACUGGGCCUGACAUGGGGCCUGAAAAUGAGGAGCUGAUACUGAGCACUUGCGUCCGAUUGCAAGUUGCUGUAGGCAAGUUACUGGAGUUAAUCACUGAGUCAACAAGACAACUGGCACAGAGCCAUGGAAUCAGUGAACAUUUGGAGAAAGAAUUCAGCCGCAAAACCCAAGAGACCGUGGAGCUGGUUGGCAAAGAACAUCAAAAGUUGUUGGAAAACCUCAACGACGAAUCUGAAGCAAAGAGGGAGCUGGAAUUGGAGCUCCACAAAGCCAAGGGAUUGAUUGAAGGGUAUGUCACUGAGAAAGCUGUGCUGGAAGAAACUUUGCAGCAGAAGGAAGAAUCCGAGCAACAAUUGGCUCUAAAGGUGGAACUUUUAAAUAAGCAGCUUCAUGAACUCAACCAGCAGCACCAGCAUCUGCUUGAGGAACGCAAUCUAUUGCUACGCCAGAAGCAGGCCAUGGCUGGCAAUGAAGUAGAACGCGGGUUAUUGGAGGAGACAGAGCGUCUAUCCAAAGAGAAGCUGGACAUCCAGUGUCAGGCGGAUAAGGAUCGUGCUGACCUCCUUUUGAGGGCAAAGAGAAUGGAAAUGGAGCUUGAGGAGGAGACAAACCGCAACAUUGAAUUGAAGGAUAAAUGGCAUUUGGAAGUUGCUGACAUGCAACAGCAAAUUCAGGCUCUUGAAAAGCAACUUAAGAAUUAUCGACAGUUUAUGGAUGAACAAGCAGCUGAGCGUGAGCAUGAGAGAGAUGAGUUCCAGCAAGAAAUCUCAAAUCUGGAGACACAGUUAAAACAGGGACUAAAAUCACAAGGAAGUGGUGAUUAUAUAGUAUCCAAGGUGGAAACUAUGGAAGCACAGAUCCAGUCAAAGACUGAUGACUACAAUGAGUUGGUGCUUAAAAAGGAACACCUGGAGAGAGAUGUGCAAGAACAAAGUGAAGAAAUAGCAAGACUGGAAGCACAGAUCAAAGAGCUUGAGCAAGUAGUGUUAUCCAAUGCUGAUGCAGAAAAGCGAGUUCAUCAACUCGAGCAAGAAAUGCAGAAGAUGAGGCGGACAGAGGAAGAAUUAUCACAGGACAAGGAAUCCCUGCAACAGCAACAGUACAGUAACCUAAUGCAGAUCUCUGCUCUACAGUCAAAGCUGGAUGAAGCUAGACAUAGAGUCCCUAUUGAAGGAUUUUCUGACCAAACUCUAAAGGAGCAAUUACUGAACGAGCGACAAGCUCUCCAGACAAAGGAAGAUGAGGGUCAAUAUCCUGGAAUUCCCAUAUUGUAUGUCAACCUACAUUGCAUGGACUGCGACAGAUCAAGAAAGCAGCUCAAUGGGCAGCUAGAGAUCCAAAGCCUUGAGGAACAGCUUGAUCAAUUUCGAGAAAAUCUGUUGAAUAGAAACGAUGAGAUGCUUCAGCUGAAUAUGCAGUUGGAGAUCCAGACAAAGCAGUCAGCAAUGACAAUCAACCAACUCCAUGAGGAGAACAUCCGCGUGAAAGAGGACGUAGCUAGUCUCCAUCAGCGUUUGGGCCUGGAUGCAGAUAGCAGCAAAAUGCCAGGAUUGCAGCUGCCUCAGGCAUUGUUGCAGGAGAAGAACCAGGAGAUUGAUGAACUAAAAGAGCAAAUCCUCAAAUUACAGCAGGACUUGGAAAACACUUUAGACUGCAAGACAUUUGAAGAGAAGAACUGUGAAAUUGAAGAGCUGAAAAUACAGAUAGAACAACUUACAGUUGACCAGGAUAGGUUACGUCAUUCAAAAGAAGAAGAAAUUGAGCAUCUCAUUGAGGUUAUAGAGAAACUGCAACAAGAACUUUCUCUGUUGGGUCCAAAUCGCCAUGAAGUCAGCGAUUCUCAGGAAGACCUUGAAAUGUUGGGUUUGGAGAAAGACACCAGACAAAAGUCAGCACUUUCUCGGGGACUUAACGACAACCUGCAGCAGGAGCUGGCAUGUAUUGAAGUAGACAGUAGGGCUGCUGGAGACUAUAAGGAAACUCUUCCAAGCCAUUCCACAGGGCUUCAGAAUCAAGCAGCCAUGAUGGUAUCUAAACAAGAUUCUCUCCAGCUGUUGGAUAAAAAAGAAGCUCAGUUCCAAGAAAAAAAUGUUGCUUUGCAAAUUGAUCUUCAAAACUUGCAGGAAGUUAAUCAACAGCAGUUGCAGGAAAUAGAAUCCAUGCGCUUACAGCACAGCACCCUUCAGGAGGACAACAGUUUGCUGAGGACCCACCUCUCUCAACGGGAGGCUGACAUAGCUCUUCUGUCCUCACGUGUCCAAGAGUUGGAAGAUGCUGAGACUGAAAAGCACAUGUUGCUACAAAUGAUUGAAAAGCAAAGGCAGGUGGAAUUGGAAGAAAUUGGAUCUUUACCAACCAGAAUAGCAGAACUUGAACAAGAAUUGUCAGAUAGGACCACUCAAGUCCAAAACAGCUGUAAUGAACUACAAGCUUUGCACUCUGACCUUCUGCAACGUGACUGUGUGCUUCAGACCUUGAGACAGAAGGAUGCAGAUCACCAAGAAGAACUUCAAAGAUUGCAAGGUGAUCUAGCCAAGUGGAAGGCAAUGAAUGAAGAAUUAAAAGACCACCUGAAGCAAUUUGAGAAAGAAAAGGAAGUGGUUGGUAAUGAUGGGACUUCUCCAAAAAUACAGCUGAAGGAAGAUCUAUUGUUCCAGGAGCAAAAGAGACUGAAAGAGAUGGAAGCUACCUUGCAGCAGAAGGAGCUACUUGUCACCCAGCUAAGUGUGGAACGUGAGGGGCUACAGGCUGAGCUUUCUAAAGUUAAAGAGGAACUGAACUCCAGCACAGAGAGGAUUGAAAAACUGCUGGAGGCUGAUCAGGAAAAAGACCAGAUAAUUGCUGACUUAGAGAUCCACACAUGUAACCUGAAAACCCAGGUGAAUCAACUUCAAGAAGCCCUUUUGCAGCAAGAGGAGGAACUUGCUAAUCGAGCAAAGGAAGUAGAAGACUUAACUGAAAAAUGUCGUCAGCAAGGACUUGAAUUGCUGCGACUGUCCAACUUGGAAGUCGAUAAGCCACAAGUCAGUUCUUCAGAUUACAAAGAAUCUUCACAGACUGUUGGCCAAGAUGGGCAUCAGUCAUGUUUCUACAAUCAAGCUAUCAAUGAGAGCUUGCUAAGUUCUCCAGAAGUUAUGAGAAAGUAUGACGAAAGUCUGGAAUGGUUGAAUGGACUGCACUCACGGAGGAUUUCUGAAAUCAGUGGUGUGCACAGUACAGAGACAGUGCACAGCAGAUCACUCGGAUUUGAGAAAGAUAUAGAUGGAGAGGACCAGAGCAUUAACAAAGACAAACUGCAUGGGAAUUCUUCAGCACCAUCUGAUUAUGAACAAACACUCUCAGAAUCCUCUGAUGCAGAGAAGGUACAAAAUGAUGCAAAAGUAGAAGUAACACUGUCAGCCUUGCAGGAAGAUAGAGCAUCAACAGUGUCAAUCCCUGACUGGAUAAGUGAAGGCUGUGGCAGCAACGCAAGUUUGGAUCUGGGUGCAAAGCUAAAUCAAGAGCUUGAAAUAACUGAACGACUUGACAGUAGUUUUGUGGAGUAUCUGCAACAUCGUGGAAUUGCAUUGGUUGAUGUGGACAAUCAACCAAGGGAGCACAAACUGUGUCAGGAGGAAAUGCCUUCCCAACAGCUACAGGCAUUGCUAAAGAGGGUACAUGAGGAAGGCUGUCGGGUGUUAGCAUUGUCACAAAGGCCUAUUGUCUGCCCUGAAUCUGAACCUGUCUCUGUCUUGAGCAAAACAGUGGAAGAAUGGCAACAAGAGAAAAAGUCACUACUUGACACAAUUCAGCUACUAAAGGAACUGCUUUCCAAAGCAACAGACAAGUGUAAUGAGGAUGCUGCAAGUAGGAGGACUGAUUGGAGAAGGGAGUUACUACUGGCUGUGCAGGCAGUUUUAACCCAAGAACAAAAGUCUUUCUUGGCUGAAUUACGUUCACACAUGCAACAUCAGUCUACAGGAGGAGAGAACUCUCUACCUACAAUGCUCGAACGUAUUCUUAAAGAGCAGGAAAAGCAGCAACUGUCUGUGCUAGAAGACCUCUUAUCUGUGGACAGAAACAGUUUGUUAUCAGAGGUGCAGGACCUCCGUUCACAGCUCCGGAUUGCACAUCUUCAACAUCAAGAAAAGCUGCAGCAGUUGCAGGAUACCCUCACCAGUGCAGAGGAACAGGCCAAGAAGCAGGAACGACCACUUCGAAGGCAAGUGGAGUUGCUGGAAUACAAGCUACAACAAGAACAGAUUGUAACAACUAAUUUGCAAAACACCCUGAAAGCAGAACAAGAACGAGUUACCAAGCUCCACCAACAAUUACAAACUGAACAAACUUCAUUGACUGAGCUGAAGUCGGACCUGUCUGAGGUCUCGGAUGAACUGCAGGCUGCAUUACAGACACGACAUGAGCUACAACAAAACCUGCAGAAGCUCCGAGGAGAAUUGAAUGCCAAAGAAAAUGAAUUGUUAACAGCAGCAAAGGCAUUUGAACAAGAACGACAUAAUGUACAGCAAUUGCAGACCAAGAUGGAAAAGGAACAAUUCCAUUAUAAAGAGCACAAAGAGCUAGAACGGCAAAAUUAUCAGAAACUGCAGAAGGUACUUGAGGAGCAACUUGCACACAACCAUCAGUUGUCCGCUGCCUUUGAAGAAGAGCGGGUGGCAAACAGCAACAGCCGCAAAGAACUCGAAGCCAAGUUAUUGAACACUGAAUCUUUGCUAUCGCAGGAACGCAAGAAAGUAGCAGAGACUCAGGACUUGCUACAAAUUGAGAGAAGUCACUUAUCAGAGACGAGUGAUUCCUUGGAUCGUGAGCGUGAUCGGUCAGAACAGUUGUACCAGCAUCUGAAUUCCCGACAGAAUGAAACUGCUACUCAGGACCGUGCCUUUAUAAAAGAGCUGCAGAGUCAACUUGAGGAAGAAAGAAAGAGGACUGUUGAACUUGCCACAAUCAUUGAGAAAACGCAGCAACAAGCUAUUACAGCAAAGCGAAACGCUGAAGAUGAAUUGCAACUGUCCCGACAGGAAGUUCAGAAAGAACGGGAAGUCAGCUCCAAGCUGAGAUCUAUGCUUGAAUCAGUUCAGACUCAGGUACAGGAGCUCAACCGCUUGCUAGAGUCUGAAAGGCAGCAUAGUCUUCGCCUGCAGACUGAACGAGAGAGACUUCAAGCAAACAUUCUUGCAGCUAAAGAAAAGGAGCGAAAUAAGGAUGAUCAGCGGGAUCGAGAGAGGAGACAGGAGAGGCGAGAGUUAGCUGACCAUGAACAAGAAUAUGAGAUGGUGAAAGACAGAAUGCAUGAGUUAGAACUGCAGCACCAGCGGGAUCAUCAACGAAUAAGAGAACUGCAAAAGAUGCUUGCAGACUUGGAGGAACAAGAACGUAAACUUUCGUCCCGCAAGAGGCAGCAAGCUGAACAUGAAAAUAUUCUGGUGAAAUGCAAGCAAAAUGGCACUACUCAUGGUAUGGAAGGCAAUGCAGUAAAUUUCCAGCAGCUCCCAGAGAAUGCACACCAGCAAUUUCUACAAUUGACUGUUCAGCUUAAACAUUUACUUCAUGGAUCGAAAAAUAGGGGGCAGGAAGGUCACAUCAAACCUGAAGAUAUAAGAGACCUCUUACAGACCUUGAUUGAUUCAAACUAUGAUUCACAGCAGUUCCUCUCCAAUAUGCAGGAGAAAUCAAUUGACCACCCAGAUGUAGUUCUACAUAUUGAAAGGGCGAAUUGGAUGAAGGAGAAAAACCGGUUACAGAAUUGCUUAAAAGACGCUGAAACGGAAUUAGCUAGAGUAAUGGCAGAGAUUGAAAAUCGACCUCUGCGGCAGGACCUGGUUGACCUCUCUAGCAUGAAGAUGCAGAGGCUUUAUGGCAAAUACCUACGAGCUGAAAGCUUCAGGAAGGCCUUGGUAUAUCAGAAGAAAUACCUAUUGCUGCUUCUGGGGGGAUUCCAGGAAUGCGAACAGGCAACCUUGUGUCUAAUUGCCCGUAUGGGAGUGUACCCUUCUCCCACAGACAUUCACAUGCCCACGUGGCGUCCAUUAACAAAGUUCCGCUCAACAGUUAGAGUGGUCAUUGCAAUAUCCAGGCUGAAAUUCCUCGUGAAGAAAUGGCAGAAAGCAACAAGGAAAGGGCUAUACCCUGCCUCCCUAGCAAACAAUAAUGGAGGUGGCCAAGUUCAGACAGUCAAAACAGAACUAUUUCGCCAACAGCAACCGGCAUUGACUCACAUUAUGAAUUCACCACCAACCAGAGACAGUGUGUCCACUCGACGACUUAAUGCUUCAAGUCAACAAUUGCCAAAGUCCCCAUAUCGAUCACAAAUCAGAUCUCAUUUCUCUCCUGGUGGAGGGCCCGACCAAUCAAGCCUCUCAGGCAAUCAAGACCCUGAACGCUCGCUCACUGAAUACAUCCAGCGACUUGAGGCAAUCCAGCAGCGUCUUGGAGGAACAUCUCCAGGAACAGCUCGACGCAGAAGUAGCCUGAAAUAAGGUGGACCCAGAAUGAAUGCAAGACUGCAAAAUUCCUGCAUUCUAUCUUAAACAUAUGUUUAAAGAAGUGUGUAUGUAUAUUGAUCCGUGUUGCGAUCAAGGGGUAAUUAUAUAUUUAGGACAGCAUCUGCACACUACUGAAAGCACAGGAGAAUCUUGUAUUUAAAAUAAACAGAUGUUCUCUGUAGUGUUCACUAAUAUAUGGGAUAUUUCUGUGUCACCCUACACUGGAACAUUCAUUAUUCAAUCAGGCUGGAUGAGUUUUAGAUACACUAUUGGGUGUGUGUUUCUGUGUGUGUGUGCGCAAGUCUUUGUCUCUCAUUCUUCUGAAGAUAAUCUAUGACCUAGAUUUUUCAUUAGUCCAUCUCCUCCAGAUUUAAGUCAGACCAGAGCCUGUGUACUAGUGUUUACAUCUGUAUGUAUCACAUAAAAUUUUAAAGAGGUUAUUUUUGUAAAUGUUGGCUUUUGUUCUUUGCAGAAAAUAAAUAAACUUUACACAA